AUGCGGCGAGUGGCACAUGUUGUACGUGUCGAGCAGAUCGUUGAAAGCCUCUUAGCUUCGAUCAAGGAGAAAAAGAAACGAAAUAAUUACCUUUGGAAUCAUCAUGUAUUCUUCUUGUUUCGCCUCCUCUUACUGGCUCUCUUUGUUUCACUCUCCCAAUUCAUUUCUUUAAACUCUCACUCACUCUUUCACUCUCUCUCUCUCACUCCCUCUCUCUCUCUCUGUUUCUCUCUCUCUCUCAUUCCGUCUCUCUAUCUCUUUACUUCAUGCAUUGAUUGCCCUUUUUAUUUCUUUGCCAAAUGUUUGUUUCUAUUUUUCAUCUUUUCUUUCUUUCUUUCUUUCUUUCUUUCUAUUUCUUUCUUUCUUUCUUUCUUUCUUUCAGUCUUUCUUUAUUCAUUCUUUCUUACUUUCACUUACACAUUUCAUUUUAUUUCUCUACUUAAAUAUUCUUUUUCUUUCUUCCUUUUCUAUUUUCUUUCUUUCAUUCAUUCAUUCAUUCAUUCAUUCUUUCUUUCUUUCUAUCUUUCCCUUUUUAUUUCUUUCUUUCAUUCUUUAUUUCUUUCAUUUACACUGUUCAAUUUUAUUUCUGUACAUAAAUAUUCUUUCUUUUCCUUUUUAUCUUUCAUCCAUUCUUUCUUUCCUUCCUUUUUCCUUUCAUUCUUUCUUUCUUUCACUUACACAUUUCAUUAUUAUUUCUGUACUUUUCUUUCUUCCUUUUCUUUUUCCUUUCUUUCAGCCAUUCUUUCUUUCUUUCUUUUUUUCUUUCUUUCAUUCUUUCUUUCUUUCCUUUUUUCUUUAUUUCAUUCUUUCUUUCUUUUCUUUUUUCUUUCUUUCAUUCAUUCUUUCUUUCUUUGCUUUUUUCUUUAUUUCAUUCUUUCUUUCUUUUCUUUUUUCUUUCUUUCAUUCAUUCUUUCUUUCUUUCCUUUUUUCUUUCUUUCAUUCUUUCUUUCUUUUCUUUUUUCUUUCUUUCUUUCAUUCAUUCUUUCUUUCCUUUUUUCUUUCUUUCAUUCUUUCUUUCUUUUCUUUUUUCUUUCUUUCAUUCAUUCUUUCUUUCUUUCCUUUUUUGUUUCUUUCUUUCAUUCUUUCUUUUCUUUUUUCUUUCUUUCAUUCAUUCAUUCUUUCUUUCCUUUUUUUCUUUCUUUCAUGCCUUUCUUUCUUUCACUUAUACAUUUCCGUCUUAUUUCUCUACUUAAAUAUUCCUUUUCUUUCCUCCUUUUCUUUUUUCUUUCUUUCUUUCAUUAUUUCUUUAUUUUUUUUUUUCUUUCUUUCAUUCAUUGUUUUUUCCUUUCUUUCUUUCAUUCUUUCUUUCAUUCACUUACACAUGUCAUUAUUAUUUCUCUACUUAAAUAUUCCUUUUCUUUCUUCCUUUUCUUUUUUCUUUCUUUCUUUUAUUUCUCCUGUCUUUUCUUUUUUCUUUCUUUCAUUCAUUCUUUCUUUCCUUCACUCUUUCUUUCCUUUUUUCUUUCUUUCUUUCAUGCUUUCUUUCUUUCACUUAUAAAUUUCCGUUUUAUUUCUCUAUUUAAAUAUUAUUUCUAUUUCUUUCUGAAUUUCUUUCUAUCUUUGUUUUCCUUUCUUUCUUUCUUUCUUUCUUUCUUUCUUUCUUUCUUUCUUUCUUUCUUUCUUUCACUUACACAUUUCAUUAUUAUUUCUCUCCUUUUCUUUCUUCCUUUUCUUUUUCCUUUCUUUCAUUCAUUCUUUCUUUCUUUCCUUUUUUCUUUCUUUCUUUCAUUCUUUCUUUUCUUUUUUCUUUCUUUCUUUCAUUCAUUCUUUCUUUCCUUUUUUCUUUCUUUCUUUCAUUCAUUCUUUCUUUCCUUUUUUCUUUCUUUCUUUCAUUCAUUCUUUCUUUCUUUUUUUUCUUUCUUUCAUGCCUUUCUUUCUUUCACUUAUACAUUUCCGUUUUAUUUCUCUACUUAA